AUGGUGAGUGGGCGGUCCUCUUCCAUCCACAUUCAGAGCCCGAAAGGCCUCGGACCGGCGGACUCCGAACUCAGAGGGAUCAACAAGGAUCAUCCUACCUUCAUCAAUUAUCAUUCAUCGUCCCUACCCUCCUCCCUUCUGCUCAUCGGCGCUGGAUUGCGGCACCUUUUUUUUCUGCGAAGACGAUGUCUACCAGACGAGGCCAAGGCCAAGGCCGAGGACAAGGAUGAGGACGUGGAUGAGGACGGGGACGUGGCUCAGGAUCAGCGCUGGGGUAGCCCAAUCAGAACGAUUCCGCUCAUCGAACAUGCGUUGUCAUCUCACCAGGCGAUUGCUGGUGGAUCGACACUUUUAAUGGGGGCGGACGAAGUUUCACCUUUCGAUGGUCUUUUGGCCACGGAGUUUCCAUUGCGUAAUGACAGUGUCAUAACCAUGCCGAAUGCGAGCUACAUACCUGAAUUCCCGGCAGUACUCGAUGGGCAGAUUGUGACGCAGCAGGAUGGACAUUGGGGUCCCCAGAAGUAUUCGAGGUGGCCGCAGAUGUUCGACCGAAAGGUCAUACAUCACAUGUGUAUACCGGGUAUGGCUGCUGUGUUGGAGGCAGAUGCAAUGGUUCUGUGGGACAAGAUCAGGUUAUGGGAGUGGGAGGUGGAUUCGACCUGCGGUGUACCCGAUCUGGGCUUUCUGAUGGAGGAGAAGUUCAACAUGCUGGCUGAGGCAGCACUGCGGGUGAUGGACAAUUUUGCUCGCCAGCUUGGCAGAGCAACUUCGGAGAAGACGAAACCCGGCCAGCAACUCAUACUGAUGCUGGGUCAGUGUCUGGACCAUCUUCACCUCCUCCCGACGACUUGCACCCAUGUGAUCGCGCUCGGGGCACACGUGCAAUGCCUCACACUCGAGCUGUGGGGGUUUGUCAACUAUUACACUGUCGUCGUCGGUGCUUUCACGAAUGACGCCAACAUCGCGCAUUCGUUGUUCCGCAUCGGCAUACCGUUUUGGUUCAUCCAGACUAAGACAGAGAAGACAAAGAUCGAGAAAUGGGCUAGUCCUGUGUUGCCCUCGGGCAGUGCAGAGUCCGCCAAAAAGUCCAAGCGUACGCACCAUGGCAUGCAAGGAAAAAAAAAUCGCAACGCCGAAAGUUCUAGCGUGGGGGCAUCGCAGCCUGCCCAUCCGUCUUUGUUGCACAAGCCCAGCAUGUUACUCGGCGAUGCGUGGAACACCGCCCUUUUGGGUGUGCCUCCUUUGAUGGCACCGCCAUGGGCGGCAACAUACUUUUUCCCACCGCCUUUUGUGCUUGACUGCACCAGUGACAAGCUUUCCCAGUACCUGCACAAUUUCGUGCAGAUCCGCGGGUUUUGUCAUCAACGAAUUUUAAAUCCGAUGAUCAGCGGGCUUCCACUGAAGAUAGCGGAAUGGAGGGAUGCGUUGUGGGGAGACUACAGUCUGGACAAGACUGCGGAAGGUCAGAGCGCUAUGUCAGCCACCUUGACGUCGGGCGAGGGUGAGGCAGCGGCGUGUGAGGGUGCAUCAACAUCAAGUGGUGAUGGGCUAUCAGAUGCGAACACUGCAAGUCUUGUCGCCAGCAAAUCGAGCGUGGCGAAGAAAGCCAAGGAUAAACAUGAGCGGCAACAAAAUAUUCGUCGGCUCUUUGCUGCCACUGGCCAGAUGAGCUCGUACAAUGAGACAAUGGAACCCUCCUGGGGCGAGGACCCGAUCUCGCUGGAUAAUGUGGUCGACGUCUGUAAGCAGAUCUUGUGGGAGCUGCAUGAGACCAACUGGCACUGCGAGUUGUGUGCAUUGGAUGCUUGUCUCUUGGACACGAGCAAAUGGGGCUCUUUACAUCAGUGGGAACGCGAGGCACAAGUGGCCAAGGUGUGGGAUAGACGCGCCACCAGGUCAUGUCUGAUGGUCGCACCGUGCUGGAGUGAAGAUGAUGUUGCUUUCCAUUGGGUUCGUGCGCCUGCGCCGGGAUGGGAGCGGAGCCGUCCCCGCCUCAGUGCAUUUCUCGCAGUCGUGCAACGGUGGCCAGAUGUCCCGGAAGACUUGCGAAUAGAUGCGGACACUCUGCUCAUCUGCGAGGCAGAUGAGUACAAUCGCUUGCAGGAUAGCAUCGUCUGCUUGCUGAUUCACACUGGUAAUUUCCCGAUGGAUCUCGAACAGUACGACGUGUCAUAUAUGCCUGGAUUUUGCCACGCCACCGCCCACCAGUCCUAUGAUCGACACCAGCUUGCCUCCAAGCAGCCCCCCCCCCCCCGGAGCAGCCUGCUCUUGAGUUCUUCUAGCACCUCACCAGUUUUCCACCGCCGCGGUUGCCCUCCCUUGAAUUCUGCCACUGUGUCAGUGCUCGUGGGUUCAGAUAUUCCUCUCAUUAUUCCCACACGGGGAAUACAGCGCGAGGACUAUCUUGAAUUCAAGUUCAAGCAGUCCUUCAUCGAGACGGUGCUUAUCGAUGACUCCCAAGGCUUAUCGCCAUACCAGCGGUACUUCCCUCAUUUGAAGAAGUUUGUCGACUAUCCAAAGCACAUGGAUAAGCAGUAUUUGCUUCCGGGCGACACUCCUGUUUACCGUGAAAAGAGCAGCACUUGGAAUCCGAGCGCUGCUCAGAUUGUUAACAUACAGGUUUCGGCAACUGUGCGUCUGCCUGCGCUCAUGGCCGCUAUCAACACGUUUGCGAAGAACGUUCUCACCACCCCAUCCUCAUCUUCCGGUGGAUCUCAGAGCAUGCUUUCGACGCCUUCAACGUCCUCAUCCAGCCGGGUUUGCGACGCUGCUAGCAGUUCAAGCUCGAGCAGACACGUGGCCAAGCGUUCACUGUCACCCAAUGUGGGGACAGAGGGUAGAAAAUUCAGACGGAUGGAUAAGGGGAAGGCACGUGAGGUGAUAGAGUGUGACAUUGAGCUUACAGAUGAUGAGGUGGAAGCAGAGAUCAUACCUAACGAUGAUGUCCCGGGUGAGAUCAUCGAGAUUGUGGAUGGCAAGGAAUAUUACUACGUUAUGUAG